CGAGCCAUUCACGCUUUCUGCCUUAGCUCGCGUACCCCAGCAUAGGGUGACGUACAUAGCAUUUCUCAGCCAGAAACUCGGCAAGCAGUUGGACGUUUUGCACAACAUCCGGCCAACUUCCCGAAUGCUAACCAGCAGAGGGUCGGGCGCUCAUUAUCAACAACCUUAGCCGGCGCAAUCCUCCUGAAUGCCAUAAAGCUGCAAGAAAUCAGGAGGGUCAUCGGCGGAGGAUUGUGAAGAAGCAAAGGACUAGCAAUAUUCCUUGCUUUACUCCACCUUUUCUUCUGCUAGGAGCAUGAAAACUGCUGCAGGCACGGCUCCGACCACCAGGGAACCGUUAAUGAGUUGAUCUGCAUACGGUACAUCGCUCCUCUGCUCACCUUGGGGGAGGAAGCUCAAGGCCGCGAACGUCCACUACAACAACGCUUCAUAUGAGCAUUGACAAGAACGAGAUGGACCGAUCGCCGUCGCCGCCACUGCCACCAGACCCGACAAUGCGCGCCAAAGCGCAGCAGCCCCAACAGCACCCUGCGUUACCGCCGCCUGACAACAGGCGACCGAAUACUUCACGCUCCCGUGCUAAUUCAAGGGCAGCGCCGGUAUUGCAGCAUCCGCUACCUGUCCGCGAUGCUGUCCAUGACGCCUUCGAUCAAUCCACUGUUGUGCAGAACCAGCUCGAUCCCGAGCUCGUGCGCCAGGUCACAGAGCAAGUGACAGCACAGGUCAUCAGGAAUCUACAGACUGCGCAUUUCGGUGCUGCUACGCCAACAGCCUCCGUGCAGCCGCAACAGAAGCAUGUUGCGCCCCAACCACAGCCGCAGCCAGCAGCACUGCCGCAAUCGCCGACUCUGAGCUUGUCAGAUUCGAUACAACCGAGGCAGUAUACUCCACCUUCACCGAGCAAGGCGUCCACAACAGCAAGCAAUCUGCACAGAUCAUCCUCGCCAGAGCCGGAGCAGAAGCCAGAGCCAGUCUCUUCGGAUGCAAGCAGUACAUUUAGUCGAGACAGUGCGCGAAGACAUCCGCGCAGACCGGAUGCGACCGCCUCACGGAGAGGUGACCACGGCUCAGAUGAUGAAAGGCCGCCAAGGAGAGACAGCGGCUCGAACUACUCGCCGAAACAUGAUUCACCCUCGUACAGACGAGAUAGCAAGAGCUCAGAAUCCGACUAUGGUCCCACAUCACAUCCAAGAACCCGACCGCCAAGGGUGCCGUCCGAUGUGCCCGAAACAACAUCCCUCGAGAAAGCUUGGCAACCUUUGUUCGAUGGUGGCAAUCCGACAGUGCGCCUCAGUCAGUUCUUGCGUGGUUUGGCGAUGCAUCUGGUCGAUGACUACGAGCCGAAAGGCAGCCUUGUUGUCACGCCAGCGAAAAUGCUACGCUUCUUUAACGAGGCUCGAGCGGAAGAUGAAUUCUACCCUUGGGACACGAUCUUUGGUGGCAAGAUGUCGCACAGGUCGCUCUCGAUCGUGUAUCAGAAACUGCGUUGUCAACAGCACCUUGUGCAAACUGCGCAUCAUGAACUACCGAGCGUGCCGGCCCUCACGCCAGCUGGUUUCGAGUGUUUCAUGACAUGUCUGAUUCAAGCGCACCCGGACAACGAGUACGAGCGACUUGCACGGGCUGUCAUGAACAUGCCAAUCUCAAAUGCUGAUAACAAGAGUGAGCGCUUCCCGAAAGAGCUGUCCCGACGGCUACUGCCCUUGCAAGGCAACUUGCAUGCUGAACAGAGACUCAUUGCGAGUUUCAACCAUGAACCACUAAUUGUGCAGCUCAAAGGCGCCGCGCAAAUGCCUCCUCCGCCGGCAACCUCCGGACCUCCGAGACGAGGCUCGUUCGUAGAGCGGGAGCGAAAGCCUUACGCCCAGUCUUCGUUCUCAAACGCAAUUGACGAUGAUGACCUAGGCCCACCAUCCGUGACAUUUGAGCGUGAGCGGAAGCCUUAUACCGCCAAGGAAGGCACAGGCAAGGUACACGAGAGGGAGAGCGAGCGCGAGAACGGUCGACCUUCCACAAGCCAUUUCAAACCGGCACCUGACCAGCAGCCGCCGCCUAACAUUCGCUCCUCGCGGUCAAGCGCCGGCGUGCCGACGCAGGCCACUUAUAGCAGCAGUAACGGCACCGAGCCGGUUAGCAUUCCGGCUACAAGAAGUCAUCGCCAGUCUAAUGCCCAAGGACCGCCCCCUGCUAUGUUGAACCAUAUGAAUGGUGGCAUCAACGGAAGCGUGCCUAAGGGCCGAAGAACGCCGCCACCGAGGAGUCCAUACGUACAGAGUGAGCCAACGAACCUCAACGGCAUCCCGCCUUCGCAGUAUGCUUCGAAUCUCUAUACGAGCUUCGGUGCGAACAAUCCCAGAGAUCAUUUCAUGCUAGACCCGGAAGAAGACAGCCCACGGCGUAACCAUCACCGCCGCGGCACUGAUCGCGCCGGUGCAAAUGGAGCGAGCAAUGACGACGAUACGAGCGGAGGCCGAGGCUACCCUAUACCGCCCCGUCCUCCACCAAGCACACAGACAUACCAAGAUUCUGGGUUCGGACCACCCAUGGGCAGCUACCCGCGGCAGAAUGGGCUGUCCUCAGCGGAUCGCAGAAGCACGUGGUACGGACCCAAUGGCUCAGCUGGCACAGAUGGCUACGGAUCUUUCCAGAACGGUGGAAGUGGCUACCCGGGCCAGUCUACGUAUGGCAUGUCGUCACAGCACUAGGAACGCCGUGCACGGAAGCCAUUGGAUCGGAAGAGUAGCAGCUCGAGCCGUCAUAGCGACAAUGUGCGAGAAACUACACGCGGCAGGGAACGAAGCCGCACGAGGAGAGCAAUUC